GGGCUAAUUGGGACAAGUCGGAACACAGUACGGGACGCUGGGAAGGGAGCGCGAUCUGAGUUGGGGGCCGAGUCUAGGGCAGGCGAGCCAUCAUCGGACCCCCGAGCUAGGUCCUCCCGCAGCCCGAGGGUACUCCAGUCUUGGCUGCGAAGCCACGCGUACGUGCAAGAGGUGGACUUGGUGUGCGCUGUGUCCACGUGUGCACCCAGGGGAGGGGAGGGGGCGCGGAAGGCGUGACAAAGACGGACUUUGUGUCCAAGCGUGUGCCUUGCUCCAGCUCAGAGCAGCGAGCGCUGUGCCCCGGCGGGUGUCUCACAGGGACAGCCCACCCCGAAGGUGUCCGGGUGCCUGCCACGGAGAGACGCGCCAGGGUGGCUAGAGUGCCUGUUGGGGUCUGGUCUGUGCUGGGAAAUGUACCCCAACCCGCUCUUCCGAGAGCCAGACCGGUGCAGAAAGUGAGUGCGCGCGAGUGAGCGCGCGCCCGUGUGUGGGGGCGUGGCAGUGCACAGCAACAAACCAUUCCACUCGCUCGCUUGGCCAGAAACUCCGGUCGUCCUCCGCGGCUGCAGAGUGCACUCCGGCCGAGCCUAGGGGGUCCCAGCUGGAGCCUGGCCUGGGAGCCAGGAUGGCGACACACAGGGCCAUGCUGGCGUGCCUGGGCCUGUGCCUCUUCCUCCUGCCGGGAGCCCGGGCCCAGAGCGCCCCACCAGGCUGUAGCCCGGACCUUGACCCCCUUUACUACAACCUGUGUGACCGCUCGGGCGCCUGGGGCAUCGUCUUGGAGGCGGUGGCCGGGGCGGGGGUCAUCACCACAUUUGUGCUUACCAUCAUCCUCGUGGCCAGCCUGCCCUUCGUGCAGGACAGCCGCAAGCGCAGCCUGCUGGGCACCCAGGUCUUUUUUCUGCUGGGCACCCUGGGGCUCUUCUGCCUCGUGUUCGCCUGUGUGGUCAAGCCGGACUUUUCCACUUGCGCCUCCCGCCGCUUCCUCUUUGGAGUCCUGUUUGCCAUCUGCUUCUCCUGCCUGGUGGCCCACGUUUUUGCCCUGAACUUCUUGGCCCGGAAGAACCACGGGCCUAGGGGCUGGGUCAUCUUCCUCGUGGCCCUGCUGCUGACCCUCGUGGAAGUCAUCAUCAACACAGAGUGGCUCGUCAUCACCCUGGUGCGCGGGGCCGGCGAGAGCAGUGGCGGAGCUGCAGGCAACAGCAGUGCCAGCUGGGCCGUGGCCUCGCCCUGCGCCAUCGCCAACAUGGACUUUGUCAUGGCGCUCAUCUACGUCAUGUUGCUGCUGCUGGGGGCCUUUGUGGGUGCCUGGCCCGCCAUGUGUGGCCGCUUCAAACGCUGGCAUAAGCACGGGGUCUUCGUACUGCUCACCACGGUCACUUCCAUUGCCAUCUGGGUGGUGUGGAUCGUCAUGUACACCUAUGGCAACGAACAGCACAACAGCCCCACUUGGGACGAUCCCACGCUGGCCAUUGCCCUCGCUGCCAAUGCCUGGGCCUUCGUUCUCUUCUAUGUCAUCCCCGAGGUCUCCCAGGUGACAAAGGCCAGCCCCGAGCAGAGCUACCAAGGGGACAUGUAUCCCACCCGGGGCGUGGGCUAUGAGACCAUCCUCAAGGAGCAGACCGGCCAGAGCAUGUUUGUGGAGAACAAAGCGUUUUCCAUGGAUGAGCCUGCAGCAGCCAAGAGACCAGUGUCUCCGUACAGUGGCUACAAUGGGCAACUGUUGACCAGCGUGUACCAGCCCACUGAGAUGACCCUGAUGCACAAGGGCCCGGCUGAGGGAGCAUACGACGUCAUCCUCCCGCGGGCCACUGCCAACAGCCAGGUGAUGGGCAGUGCCAACUCCACCCUGCGGGCCGAGGACAUGUAUGCGGCCGCCCAGAGUCACCAAGCGGCCACGGCGCCCAAAGAUGGCAAAAAUUCUCAGGUCUUUAGAAACCCCUAUGUGUGGGACUGAGGAGGUGCUUGGAGGAGCCAGCUGGCUCUGGGGAGGGCCCUGGCCCCGGCGAGGCAGCCUUGUAGAGCCUGUGCCCUAGCUCAAGGCAGCCUUGGUCUCCGAGCGUGAGGUUCCCUCUGCCAAUGUCCCCGGAUGGGGGUGUGCUGUCCUGGGCAUGCCCACCCACACCUCAGUAUUUGUGGAGUCGGGGAGCCAGCCCCAGCUUUGUGCCAGGACCCCCCCAUGGUGCUCCUGCUCCGGCCAAAUAGUGUUUGUGGGGUGGUGGCCGCCGGGUGCUCCGGGCCUGGGCUUGCUCCUCUGUGAGGACCAAGAUGCCCUAAUAAACGUGUCUGCUUUAUUAACCUGUGCUGUGCCAUCGUGGUUCCUGAACCGGAAGUUCAGCGGCUGGGACCCAGUCUGUGUCCACGGCAACCUCUGGGUGACUCUUAUUGAAGAUUUAUUUAUGUAUUUGAAAGGCAGAGUUAAACACACACAGAGGAGAGAGGGACAGAUUUUCCGUCCACUGGUGCAUUCUCUCGAAGGCAGCAAUGGCCAGGCCUGGGCCAGACUGAAACCAGGAGCUUCUUCAGGGUCUCCCCUGUGGGUGCAGGGUCCCAAGCAUGCCUCAACAGGGAGCAGGAUUGGAAACGGAGCAGAUGGGACUCGA